AUGAACACUGCAAGUCCAUGCUCUAACUGUGUCACCUCCAAUAGUGCUAUGGAAGAACUCGAACGCCUCGCUACGAUGCCGGCUCACAUCGCUGCCGACGGCACCAAACACGACACGAUGCACAUCAAUGCUGGCGCAGCAAAUGAGCCCAUGUAUGACACUAGCCAGGAUCAAGUCAUCUCCUAUCAACUUGCUGGCUCUGGUGAUAACCAUGAUAUCAACAACAAACCAUUGGGCAACGAGUGCGACUGUCCAGUUAACCAAUCUGGCACGCUCAAGUUCACAGAUGCCGAGACUCAUUCUGAAGAAUCCUUCUCACCAUGUGAUGUUCCCGACACCAACAACAGCAGCGCACUCGACGCCCCUGACAAGUUCGACGACUCUGUACAAAAACUGGACGUUGAGUCGAUCGCCGCCGUGUACAGGGACCCCGUCCUCAUGAUGAUGUUCCGCGAGCUCGACGAUCACGUCCUCGCCAAGAACUUUCGUACCAAGCUCGUUGCAAGAUACAUCAAGCUCACCUUGGCUAAGUUUACCGUUGUUCGUGAAGCGAAGGAAUGUGAGACAGAGUUCCCCGAGCUCAUGCUGGCCAUGCAAGCCUUGGAAAUUGAUGCGGACAAUGCUACAAUCACUGAAGCAGAUGGCCCUGCUCAACAAGUGAUCAAGGUCGGUCGCGCACUAAGAGCUUCGUAUUCCAAAGUGUGCAAGGAUGCCACACGCAAGUUGAAACAACUCAUCCGCGACACCGGCGCACAGGUUGCGAAGGUUUACAACGAGAACAAAGAAGAUGACAUGUGCAGUGUCUGGUACGCUAUCAAAUCUGAUAAGUACUACCAAGCCAACGAAAUUCUCGUUCCCUGCCACCGCUACGAGUUCCGAGUUCUCGUCGUCACACACUUGCACCUGAUUGGCGGCACUCCAUCCCACUACAAACCUUUAAAAAAGCCACAACACACGCCUUACCAGCAUUUCCUCGACCUUCUCCCCGACUUCCUCAGUUUCUCCAGGUGUGAACAAGCAGCGCGCCUCGGCUACUCAACCAAAGGCCCCACGACUGGCCCUUGGAAAUAUCAGGCCGGCGAUCAAGCUAUACCUUUAGGAAUCGCGACAAAGACUCAACGCCGCCCUAGAGAUUGGAGCACAGGGCUGGCUCAGUCACCUACACCACCACUCGUGAGGGACCGGUCAAGUUGCCUCCCCCUAACUUCCCUUCCCGGCCCCCUCCUCGGCACCUUGACCGCCCGCAUGGGUCCAUCUCUUCCCCCUACUCCCACCAUCGCUGGGCCUGCCGGAAAGAGCUCGCUGCCUUCUCGUUCAGCCUUGAAGCGCAGCAACUCUGACGACGGACAGCAGGGACGCAAGAAGUCCAGGGUCAAGGGUUCAAAGAAGACAAACUAG